CAAUUCGCGAUAAUAACAUGUUCAAAAGCCAGAAAAAAAAGUCACCAACAGCAGAGUGGUAUUUCAGCCUGUCCUGGGGACAGCUCUUAAGAAACCUCCCCGUCAGGGUAGGAACGCCAUUUGAGUAAGGUCAGACUGAAGUCUGUUUAGAAUUAACAAGAGUAUUCCAAAUCAUGAAGAGGAAAAAAAGCGACUGGAGUUCAGCUGUACCACCCUGACCUGUGUUAAAGCACGCACAGUUCUGUAGUCUGAGUUUACCACUAGACUAGAUGGGGACGGUUUCUUUGGUAAUUUGGUACUCAUGCUUUCUUCCGAUCUUUUAGUGAGUUAACCCCAGCACAAGUACAUUUGUAUGCACUUCGGUAACACUCCCGGCAGUAUUCUAAAGCAUGUGGCCCUAUAAAUGAGCGCAGUCUGGGACAAAAACUAGCUCAAGGGUUAAAAAAAAACCGUCGCUCUCUACUGGGUACGUUUGGCCACUGCAACGUUUUUUUGCGAGGGACGUCACGCUGUGUUGUACGUGCGCGUCCUCGAUCUUCGGCCCCGAUUGGACGGACAGACGAGGGGGGGCGCGCUAACAGGCUGAGCAGAAAACCUAGUCUUACAACAGAAACAGUGGAUCGCCGCCAGUUCCUGUACACCCCCGGACUACAGAUCUGUGAAGACGACGAGACGUCUAACAGUGCCUUUCUCUCUCGAGAAGAAUGUGCCAUACCACAUGGUGAUCCCAUUGGGGAGGACGUUCUCGAUGGUGCAGCAGUAGAAGUUCACCAACACAGCCAGAGGGAGGGGGGAAGGGGAAGGGCGCUGAAAGAUGACGACGGAGACACACGUGAAGGAUAUCAAGCCCGGGCUUAAGAACCUCAACGUCAUCUUCAUCGUCCUGGAAACCGGGCGCGUGACGAAGACCAAGGACGGGCAUCAGGUGCGCACCUGCAAGGUGGCGGACAAGACUGGCAGCAUCAGCAUCUCGGUGUGGGAUGAAAUCGGGGGGCUGAUCCAGGCGGGAGACAUCAUCCGACUCACCAAGGGCUACGCCUCAGUCUUCAAGGGCUGCCUGACUCUAUACACGGGCAGGGGAGGAGAGCUGCAGAAGAUCGGAGAGUUCUGCAUGGUCUAUUCUGAAGUCCCCAAUUUCAGCGAGCCCAACCCCGAAUAUGUGACGCAGGCGAACAAAACGACGAUGAGCGACCAGGGCAGCACGUCACACAGCAGCAGUGCUCCUGCCAGCGGCGCCGGAAGUGAGACCACCAAUGGGAACGGAGUGAGCAACCCAGCUGCUGCCAGCAGCACCAAUCCCCAGCAGGGUGGGCGGGGCAGCAGCCGCGCAGCAGCCAACCAGGGAGCAGGGGCAGCGACCGUCAGCAACGGCAAGGAGACGCGACGCUCUGCCAAGAGAUGAUUGGACCAGGGGCUGGGCACUCCCCCACCAGCACAUGCCAUUGGACGCAAAAGACGGUCUGCCAGAAUUGUGGACUCUUCCCUUACCUGCUGGAGUUCCCAACACCCCGGCAGACUGGGCUCGGCAUCUCCAGCCCACCUCACACAAUAGAAACAGAGAUGCAGAGACCUGCUGCCUGUGAUGAGCAACCCUGAUAAAGAUAGUUUGCCUGUGACACAACACCCAGCACAAAACAGAGCAGGCACAAACAUGGCUAUCAGCUGAAUGGUUUGGCUCUGUGCAUCGUGCAGGGCCAGACUCAGCCACUAGGGUACUGGUAGAAGAACUGUUGGUUGAGGGUGCUCAGUUUAAUUGUAAGUCUCUGAAAUCCCAAUAAUAAUGAUUUCAAAAAUAAAACAGUUAGAAAUAGGGGUUUGCAGAAUUUGUGGGACCUGGUUUUGUAAAAAGCACAGUGGGAAAAAAGCCUUCUGGGUAGUGGGAGCAUGAUGAUAGAAAAUACUGGCUCUGUUUUGUACUGCCUGUAUUCCCCCUCAUGAAAGCACAGGGAGAACAAGUAGGUGUCAGUUGACAAGCUUGCAGUACAGGACAUUAGCGAUUUGUGUACUAAACUACACUUGUGUACUUGCAAACCCCUGCUUGUAAUUGUCAUGAAUUUCUUCCUCUUAGUAAAGAAAGGCUGAAUGAAAGAUUGCUGCCUGUACCACUCACCGCAGAGAGCCUCCCAGAAGUCUUUGUGUCAGUUCCUUGGCAUGGCUGUUGCCCAGACAGAGAACAGUGAGUGAGACAGGAUGCGAUCUGAUAUUCAGCCUCUAUACUAGGUCCCUGUGUCACAUGCAAUACUAGAGAGAGAGGGAUUUAACUCAUGUCGUUUUUAUUUGUCUGGGCCCCGUGUAAGGUCUGUAUGUCCUACCAGCUGAAUGUUAUGACAGAGUUUUAUAAAAUGUAUUAAAGCGUUGUCACCUCUUGCGUGGCUUCUGAUCGGACAGCUGAACGAGCCGAUCACCAGGGUGCCAUGUGCCAGGUGAAUGGGCACUGGAAUCCAAUCCUUUCUGCUCCCGACUGCUGCUGCUGUGUAAUUGGCAGUCAGUCCAACAAGGAUCUUUCUCUGAUGGCUGGGGUGUAAUUUUGAAUACAAGAGUGUAUGUGAUGUUUAAAAAGGAGGGUGAUUGGGCAUUUGUGUCUAGCACAUGUUAAAAUCCUAAAUCAACAUUGCUUUUAUCUCUGUCUUUAGUCCUGGGGUUUCCAGAGAUAAGGGGAGCUAUAUUGCAUUAUUGAAGCUGGAAAACAAUGAAAGCUGUCUGGGAGGCUGUGCUGGACUUUUGCCCCAGACUGGAGAUAAGAGGACUGAGGGAGUAAAUACAAUCCUCUGAACCUCACUCCCCCCCAGAAAACAAAACAUUUCCUGAAGAAGUGUUAAGGCAGCCAGCUCCUGUCCAUCAGUGGUCAAGGGGCAUGCUGUUCAUGAGCUGCAAGCUGAACGAACUGAUCUGGUUCAGGAAUGAAAACUUCAACAGCUGUGCCACUGACACUGUGCUUUCUCGCUUCCCAGAUGGUUGACUCGAUCGGCCAACUCUGGUCCUUAUGCACCAGCUGGUCAACGAAUCCUAUUGGCCUUUGGAAAUCCAGUUAGCCAUCCGGGUCAAAGGUUACUCGCAGCCAGCUGAAAGAUAAAAGGCACGCCAUAGCGUGAAAGAUCCAUGAAUGAAAGCAUCGUGAGGGAUCCGUGUCUGAGUUUGAAAUGUACACACCGAUCUUUGUCUUGGUGCCGAUUUUAGCGAGAGCUUUCCUUUACUCAGACAGAUCUCGAUAUUUCUGUAAAAGGUGCAGCGCAUCUGCGUCAGUGUUUUGGAAAUAAAGCUGCUGUAUUGGGA